AUGAACGAGACACCGCUCGAAAUAUGGCACAAGAUUUUCGAAGACGUCCCCCAGAUAUGUUUUCCUACAAUCUUUACCGUCAACCGCGCAUUCUCGCGGAUAAUUCGCCCAUACCUUUUUGCGACAUUCACUUUCCGUCCAGUCACCCCUCGUGGAGCAAAUGAAGUCUUCAUCGAAGAACAAAAUGCGCGAUUUGAUUUCUGGACAUCGCCCGAUAUCGCAGCAUUGGUGCACAGCUGCAAAAUCACAACCUUUCCGCUUAUUCGCAUUGGAGCUGAGCCGGCAGGCACCCCCAAUGAGAUGGCGAGGUUGUUCUUUUGCCGGGCAAAACGCUUCAGUGCUCUUCGUCAUCUCAUUAUCCACCAAGUUGACAUUUCAGAGCAUUACAAUGAGGUCUGCACAGCAUUUGCUAGCCUCCAGAGCUUCGAUUUGUGGCAUCACGCGACAGGCUACGACUUGGAACGACCCGUAACUGCAUCUCGACAAACCCCAUUCGAUAAGCCAGCUCUGCGACUCCAGAAGAUACGACUCGCGCUCACGGGAAACGAGAUAUGCAGUUGGACUCCUUUGUUCCACUCACUGCAUCUCCGAGAACUUUACCUCGACUGCCCAAUCCAUGCUUGGUGCGCGGAGGCGACUACUGUCCCCGAGUUCCCCCGCGUUGUACAACUUUCAAUCAAUAUUUUACGCAACCAGCAGAAUAUGGAAGACUUUGCCUUCUUCUUACCCAAAUUUCAAGCUCUCCAAAGCCUGUCUUUCCUCUCCGCCCACCGUAUAACCGAUAUCGGAAGCGAUGCUCUUGCGCAUCUCCAACGUGGAUGUUGUCUCUUGCAACAGACCUUGGAGGAAGUGAAUCUCCCGCUCGUAUUUCUUCCGACUUUCAUGCCGGUCCCGGACUCGACUUUCCAGUGUCUGAUGCGGAUCAACGUGGCCGGUCGCGUGGACGGUCCCUCGCUUUCAUCUGUUAUUCAAGUUGGAGGACAAGUCGCUCCAAAUAUCAUCUCAUUCACCAUCACUCUUUCGCAGUCGAGGCCCGAAGUUUUGAGGCAGUUAUUUAGCUCAUUUCCGCACCUUCAGGAAUUGAAGAUCGACCAGCCACGCAACGUCAUUGACUUGACCCAAAACCAUCAGGGGGGACAACCAGACAUACUCGAUGUCCUGGCUGGAACAGAGGUUUCGCCUAUUCACCUUCCACAGCAUCUUCGGACUCUCGUAAUCAGCUGGGCCGAUGCCAACUGGUUUGAAUCCCGUCGUCCGCGUAACCCACAAGCCCUGCGCCGAGUGCUAUUAGCUAUCUUAGCUCGUCUUCCCUCCCUUACUUCGUUGUCGCCGAUGGAUCUUUUCGAUCAGGAAGCUCUUGAGAUCGUAUCGUCCCCGUGGGGCAUGACACCUGACGUGUUUUGGGACAGCCGUUAA